AUGGUCGGUUUCGUGUUUGUUGGUGGGGUGCAAUGUUGUGGGCUGCGAGGAGACGGGGCCACUAGAACAACACUUUCUCCUAGGAGAAGAAAGAAUGUGGCUUCCCGUCCCCGCGUUCCCCGCGAGGAUUUUGACGAUGACUCCUCUAGCUCCUCAGACGAGGAGUUUGCAAAAAAUCUUCCUCCUAUGGUCCGGGGGAAGGAAGACGUUAAUCUGUUCCCGUCGGAUAUCUUUCCCAGCAUGAAAUGGCUGCGGUACCUGAGGGAGCAGGGUCGCGAUUUUGAGCGUUUUCUACUCUUGCCUCCAGGUUCUGCCAUGGAUCGCUUAUCUCCCGAAGACAAGGGUGUAGUGGAAGUACCCGCUUGGCUGUCCGAAGUAUAUACCGAGGAUAUUCUCAAGGCUGUGGAGGCCAAGAAGAAGGACUCCUCCAAGAAGUCCAGUGAGGAUGCCUCUGGCGACGUCGCCAAGGAACCCAUCUUGCCGGCUACUAAAAAGCGUCCGGCAUCUUCAACGGAGGCUCCUAAGCCCAAACGACCCUUCUUUAAGAAGAUGGGUCCAGCCGACGCUGUUACCGAAAUGGAUGGUUCUGCCGGAGCAGCAACUGACGAGGCAACAGUCGAUCAGACUGCGGCGGCUGACGCCCCCGCCUUGUCCAGAGAGGACAAGGGUAAAGGCAAGGAGACUGAGGCUCCUUCUACUGAUAAUGCCUCUACUCCUCUUGCAGCUUCGCCAAUUGGUUAG